AUGGCGGUGUCCAGGGACGGCAUCCUGUACGAGAGGCUGCACCUCUACGAGGAUGUCGACGCGGAUGAGGAUGGCGCAAAAGACCUGUCCACCUCGACGGCUGCGUCCGUGCUCAAGGGCGUGUCCAACCUGCUGGCGCCCAGGGACGCAGUGGGCGGCAAGUGGGGCCUGGGCAAGCCAUCCGCGAUGCUGAGCUGCGCUCAAAACCGGGAGAGAUUGGCUGCGUUCGAUCCGCGCACAGGGACUGUGUCCGUGCUCAGCGCCUUUCCAGAAGCCGCGGAACUUGUCAAAAAAUUCGAUCCUUCGGCCUCACCGCACCCUCCCCGCGAUGGCAGAGAUCCCGUCGUGCUGAUGUCGUGGUCGGAGGAUGCGGCUAAGCUUGUGAUUGGCACGGCAUCUGGCUGCAUGUACGUGCUGGACGGCCAGGGGGAGCUGGUGAAGUCGUGGGGGCAGGGGGAGGCCUGGGCGAGGGCGGGCCUCGUCGGAGCAGCGUUCUUGCCGGACGGCAGCCUGCUGGUGCUGUCCGGCGCAAGUAGACUAUACACUUUACCUCCUGAAUUCGGUGCGCCCCGGUUUGAGCAGUCGAUGUUGGCGCAACACACCGUGCCCAGGUGCAUGGCGUACGACGCCAGGAGCGGGGUGCUGGCCAUUGCGGGCGACGGGCUGUACGAUCCGUUCAAGAAGCCCAAGGACGUGAAGGUGGCCAGGGAUGAGGACAGGUUCAUAACUUUGUCGCUGUGGAAGGGGGCCGGGGGGGAUGCGUGGGAGAGCGCGCUGGCGGUCGGCACCCGGCCUGGCAGCGACUUUUUGGGAAAGAUCACCGGCAGGGUGCAGCGGCCCACCCCUGAGGGCUGGGCGGUUAGCCCGUCCCCAACUGGGGAGCACGUGGCCUUGCGGGUGCCCGGCAGGGGGGUCAAGAUCUUCUGCGUGGCGGAUGGGGAUUUCAUGUCAGCGGUGGAGGGGGUGGAUGGGGAUGAGGAGGAGGUGGAGGGGGUAAUGGCGGGCGUGGAGACCACCAGGCUGUUGAUUGAUGCGACCAUGGUGGGGUGGUGGGGGGCAGGAGUGCUGGCCGUGCGGACGAUCGGCCGGGGGAUUAGCUUUGUGGAGCUGGAGGGGUUCAGGGAGGUGUCCGGGGGGUCGCACGGCGGGGAGUACGCUAAGGGGACGGUGGCAAUCGUGGGCGGGGGGGAGAAGGGCUGCGUGUACGUGAUGCAGCCGAUGAUGCUGGUGUCCGAGCGGCGGGUGAGGAAGCUCACGGGGAAGGAGGAACCCGAGCCGGAAAGGGACCCUCUGUUAAUGGCCAGCGAGAGCCACGAGUGGCCAGACACCCUGAACAUUGGUUGGACCCUGAACUCACUGGUGGAGAGGACGCCGGAUGAGAUGCUGGAACUGUAUCUGAAGCGCCACGCGUGGGCGAGGGCACAUGCCCUAGCGACCAACCAAGGGCUCGACAGUGACAGGGUCUACAAGUAUAGGUGGACUGCGACGCCAAUAGAUGAAUGGAAUGUGAAAGAGAAUCUGGAACCUGUGACAGAUCGGCGAUGGGUAAUCGAACAGUGUGGGGUGAGAGUUGCGGAUUCUGUCCAACUGCAGAGGUCGCUGUUUGAGUGUGGUGUGCGGGAGACGGAAAAGUGGUACGACUUUAUAUCGAAUGCAACGGACGGAGCACAGGUUGGGGACGUUGUUCCACAGGGAGGGAUCGCCGAUCGGGAGUGGCUGCUGCAGAAGAGGAUGGAGCUCAUAGGGGCAUUUGACAGGAUGGAGACGUUCUGUGAGGUGCAGGAGGGUGGGUACUCUGCACAGGCCUACGCCGUGUUCCGAGACUGCGAUUUGGUGGAUGCCGCGAGGGCGUUUGCGGCCUUUGGUGAUCUCAUGGGUGUGCAGAUUCUGGUCCAGAGGCACACGCGAGCAGUUUUCCACAAGUUGCUGGACAUCUUGUCCUGCAUCCCAGAGACCACCGACCCCGGCCUGUACGCCCACCUGCUGCCUGCACCCGGCAGCACACCCAAGGACAUCUUUGCGCCUGCGAGGGAGGCCGAUUGGUCAGAGAACCCAGAAACCCUCCAGGUGUUGAAGGCCAACAAUCCGGACAUGAAGGCAAGCUGCACACCGAUGCUGACUGAGCCCAUUCUCACCCUGGACGACCUUGAGACGCAAGUGCUUGGCGCAGAUGCACUGACGGAGUGGUACACUAACCGUGCAUUGGACAUCGACACUAACACCGGCCAGCUCAGCUUCUCCAAGGCUCUUCUCCAGAUAGGGGUCGACAAGGGCCUUUCCGGGAGCGUCACAGAACUGUUGAAGUCUGUGCAAGUGCUGAGUGGCACUGUCAAGGGCUCGCAGGCUGGUUGGUCUGUUGGGCUGCAGGAGUUUUCGACGAUGUCCAGGUCUGACAGGAUAAGGGUGCUCCUGGAGGGCUCCACGAUCUCCAGUCUAGAGUUGGACUUGGAAGAGCGAAUAUUGCCGUUCUUCGCUGGGCUGGACGACAGUCUUCGAGAGGAGGUGCUGGCAGACCUAUAUGCGAGUCAGAUGGGGCCCCGCCUGGAGUGGUGCGAGCGCCUGGCAGAAUUGGAGGGAUCCGGUGUGCGUCUCUUUGGCAGUGGGCUCCGUGGGGCGUUUGCCUUUGCCAAUUCUGUCACCUUGGGGAUCCAGGCAUGGCCGCAUACUGGCCAGUGGGACCAGCUGAACGGGCUGCUGCUGAAUGCCAAGUGCUGCUUGGAGGCUCAUGAGCGGGCCUUGGAGGACAGCACAGUACCUGAUUGCAGGAAGACGUGGUCCGAGCUGAUGGCCAAGGUGAAGAUCCUCAAUGGUUGCAUCUCGGCCGGGAAGAGGCUGGCGGGGCACGGCAUGGCGAUGUCGAUUGACAAAAUUGGGUCGCUGGACAGUGAGGGCGGCCUUCGGGCGGUGCGCACGAUCUUGGCACGAGCAUCCCGAACUGGACGUUCAUGGGCCGAUUCCAGGUGGGAGGGGCUCGCAAAAGAUCUGCACUCGAUCAGCAAGAGGCUGCCUGUGCCGCUCGAGCGCCAGACCGUUGCUGCAGAGCUCUGUAGGGCGCUGCUGCGUGCUGGAAAAUUUGCCCAGGCGAAGGAGCAGAUCGCAGGCGAUGGGGACCCCACCCUGGAUGAGAGCAGUGCAGAGAUGCUCGUCCUGUCAGCUGGCCGCGAAUUCCUGUAUUCAGCGCCCUCACUGGACGCCCCAGCCAUCUCUGACUCCCGCGAGUGCUUCCAGCUGUUGCCGGAUUCUGAGGCGGCCAAAGCGGAACUGCGAGUCAUCGAGGCCCUGAUGAUGCUGCCCUCAAGGUUCGGUCUCAAUGUGCUGCCCAUGCAGCUCAGGCAGAACAGCCGAUCCGAGGUGCUGCAGCAGGCUGUGACCAUCCGCCCUGAAAACUACAGAGACAGGGAGGGGCUGCAGGCUCUGGCCGAGCUCCUGGGUGUGACGGAUCCGGAUGAACUGGCGGAGGUGGACGUUAUGGUCGGCUGGGGAGCGCUGCACGGAGGGGACCUUGCAGCCGCCCAGGAAAUCGCGGAGGGCCUCAUGAACGCCGGCUAUGAGAACGCCUGGGAGAUUUGCGGCGCUGUCGGCCAGCUUGGCCAAGGAACGGAGGCGGGGGAGGGUGUGGACGAGGGCGUGCGCCGAAAAUUGCUCGGAUUUGCAACUCUCCACUGCCCGGACGACAGGAAGAUGGUCUUUGAAAAAUUGUUGGAGGCGUGCGGCCCAGCGCCAGUGAGUGCGGCUCCCUGUUGA